GUCGUCUUCACCACACGAAGGAGGUUUGAAUUGUUUACAUCGAUGAAUCGCACGCUGUGCCCUAAAAUUAACCUGUAAACUUUUAUUUUAUGUUUUAUAAAUGUGUUAAAAUGUGACAGCUUUCGUCAUGCCAACCACAAACAGGAAGAAGCAAAAGCAGGCGAAGGACACCGCGGUUCAGGGGACGAACGACAGCAGCGUUGUGAGCAAGGUGUCCGCGGCGGCGCAGGGUUACUUCCACGAUGAUUUCCUCCGACACUUUGUGUGCAAAGUGGCCAGAAGAGCCCCGCUCAUCAACAGGGGCUACUAUGUGCGCUGGAGAGCUGUUGACCACUGUGUGAGGACGUUUCUGCACGUCACUGAAACCUGCCCCACGAGACAGAUCUUGUCUCUGGGUGCAGGAUUCGACUCUUUAUACUUCCGCCUGCGUGCAGACGGAGCUCUCGACAGGGCCGUCGUGUUUGAGGUGGAUUUUCCGGACGUAGCUCGGAGAAAGACGGCUCUGAUCACGUCUGAUGUGACACUGAGGGCGACGUUAGACUCCCGUUUACCUUCUCCUGAAGGGCCUGUGUAUGUGCUGAGCGGUCAGUACAGACUGCUGGGGGUGGAUGUGAGAGAAGAGUCCCAGGUGGAGGAGGCUUUAGGUGCAGCUGGGUUGGACUGGGACGCCCCCACUCUAAUUCUCUCUGAAGUGGUCCUGACUUACAUGGAAACACAGUGGUCGGAUGCCGUCAUUCGCUGGGCCGCAAAGCGUCUUACACAGUCGCUCUUCGUCAUGUACGAGCAGAUCCAUCCACACGAUGCUUUCGGUCGCAUCAUGCAAGAUCAUUUCCUGAAACUGAAUUCCACCCUGCACGCACUUCGACAAUACCCCGACACUGCUGCUCAGAGACACAGGUUCCUGGACAAGGGCUGGGAGCGGUGUGUGUGUCUGGAUAUGAAUGAGUUUUACCUCGGGCUGGUUUCUGAGGAGGAGAGACACCGAGUGGAGAGUCUGGAGCCGUUUGAUGAAUAUGAGGAGUGGCAUCAGAAAUGUUCACAUUAUUUCAUCCUCACUGCAUCUCGAGGCUCUUUGAUGUCGCAGGCUUUACUCUCACACGCUCCAGUAUCUGCAGCGCCAUCCAUCCUGCCCUCUCUGAGCGCCACAGCUCUGAGUGUAAAGACAGCAUCAGUCAGUUUGGAGGGGCUGGGGAUGGCGUCAGGCUCGGUGAGCCCGGGGCGAGUCCUGCUAACAGGAGGCUCGAGCAGAGAGGGCAGAGGGGCCGGGACCAGGAUGCUCCUCAGAGGGGAGGAAGGCUGGAGAUCUGUGAGGGUGGAACCAUCUGAAGAUCUAGGCGUUCGACUCUACCACACAGUCACCGCUCUCCCUGGAGGAAGUCUUGUGAUUUACGGUGGUCGCUCCUCUCCUUUAAACCCAACCAGAGGUCUUUUCAGAGUGACCUUUGACCCUGCUGCCUCACCUGGUCCUCUUGACUCAGAGGACGGAGGCGCAGUCCAACUUAACGCGGAGCAGCUGGUCUGCACGGGCGAUCCGCCAACGCCAAGAUGGAGGCACACCGCUACUACACUCAGCCAUAAAGGCAACAACUUCCUGUUUGUGUUUGGUGGAAAGAAUGAAUCAGAGGCAGCUCUGGGUGACAGUCACUUCCUGUGUUUGGACCGGCAGCACUGGACCGAGAUGCCAGUAGAGGGCGCAGUACCAGAGGCUCGUCACUCCCACUCAGCGUGUGCACAUCAGGGAGGAGUGGUGAUGUUUGGAGGACUGGACAGAGGCGGGGUGCCGCUGGGAGACUCAGCUGUUCUACGGCCCACUGAGAGAGGCUUCACCUGGGAGAGAUUAGAGGUGCAGCCCCCUCCUCUCCCCAGGUACUCUCAUGGUGCUCAUGUGGUGGGUGAAAAGCUGGUUGUGGUUGGAGGAGUUUGGCUGCAUUCAGACGGCGUCCCAGGCGUUCUCAUCAUCGACCUGGCGACACACAGCAGUGUGGAGUUCAGUCUGGAUACGACCUCCGUGCCGUGGCCUCUGAUGCUGCACUCUUUCUGCUCGGAGCUGAUGGACACAGAACGGCCUCGGCUGCUCCUGAUUGGCGGAGGAGGAAACUGUUUCUCAUUCGGGACUUACUUCAACCUUCAGCCUGUCACUGUAGACCUCAGACCUGCACUGGGAUGAACUAGACCGAAGGUUUUUCUCCACUAAAAAAGAAACUGUCAGAAGGAACCCCUGUAUUAUGCACUCAUCCUGCGUCUGCUUUUUACACAUUCUUACAUUGAUUCAUGAGUCAAAGGUACCAGAAACAGUAAAAUUGCUUCAUUGGAUUUCUUCAGCCUGCAGCCGCAAAACUCUCUGUAAAGGCUGCAAUGCAAUCCUUUGUGGCGAAUCAAAGAACUUCCUCUUACAAGGCUUGUUGUUACUUAAAGGCUCAAAAUGCUUCAAUAGGCUCAGAAGAGGAUCCCUUCAGAGAUAGAUAUUUAUGUUAAACCCAUUCAGACCUAAGGCAGCCUAAAGAUACACCCUACUGUUUAAAAAAGCAAGCUUGCAAAACCUGAGGGUUUUCAGGUACCCAGGACAGAAUAUAAAGGUUUAUUCAAAACUGAA